AUGAAUAUUUCAAGAGUCAACUCCAAUCACUGCUUGAAUGCACCUAAACGAAAUUGUAAAACUGUAUUUUGCCAUCGUCUAGCAACGCAUUUUGAAGAUCUUUCAAAUGAACUUUUACUCGAUAUUUUCGAUUUUCUUGAUGGUUAUCAUAUAUUUGAAGCUUUUUCUGAACUUAAUAACCGUAUCCAACAUCUCAUUACUAGUUCUUGUUUCUUUCUCAAACUAAAUAUUCCAUUUAUGUCUAAAUCGAAUUUUAACAGACGUUCGAACAAUAUUAUCCGUCCAUAUAUGAAUCAAAUUAUUUCAUUACAAUUAUCAGAGACAUUUUUCAUCAAAAAUUUCUUUACAUCAUUUCCUGUUGACACAUCAUUCAAUCGUCUCGAAUCGUUGAUACUCAAGAAUCUUAGUGUGAGGCAGAGUGUUGGUAUUCUUAUUAGUUUAGCCCAAUUACCUCGACUCUUCUCUCUCAAAAUCUUUUGUUUCGAAUGUGAUGAACUAUUUAUGAUUUUUCAAUCAAUAUUUCGUCUACCUGUUUUACGAUAUGCCAACAUUUUGUGUUCAAAAUGGAGUACUAGAUUUCCGUUUCCCAUCGCUACGAACGACAAUCAACGAAGUAUGACUCUUGAGUAUCUCGCUGUUGAUAGUCCACCUCAUCUUCCAAAUAUUUUCAAUCUUCUAUCAUAUACACCUACACUUCGUCGUUUGUCAGUUGGGUGUAUUUUGUUUCGUAGAUACAUACCACUAGAACAAUUUAUACUGCCACGCAGUCUGACUAGUAUUUCUCUAUGUUAUUGGCGUUUAUCCUUUGAUGAAUUCGCAUCAUUCAUUGCAAUCGUUGGUUCUGAACUCGAAUUCUUACGCAUUUCAAUUAUUCAUAAAACUGCCCUGUCAAAUGCUUAUCAAUGGCAACAAUUAAUUGUACGUUAUAUGCCACGUUUGCGUACGUUUUUGUUAGAUUACCAUGGUCCAUUAACUAAAGAUGCUCAUGGAAAUAGUCGCUGUCGAGCAUUACUUGAUGAAUUUUCUUCGCCAUUUUGGAUCGAACGACAAUGGUUUUUUGCCCAUAGACAUUGCCAUUGUCAUCAUUUCUAUCCAGCAGAAGUAGGUUUAGCAUUCUAUUCAACUCAAAUGCGCCGGCGACAGUUUUGUCAAUUCGGUGAAUAUUUCGAUAAUAAAAUAUGUUCGUACCGAGACCCACUCUUCAAUUUAUCUUUUGGACCACGCAUUAGUAUAAAAAAUCGAAAUAUUGUUGCCAAUUUUCCCCUUCAAUUUCCUCGUGUAACUGAAUUGGAACUUACCGAUAAUUAUGAUACGAUCAAUAUUGACUCAUUCAUUGAUAAUCUAAGUUAUAUUUUUAUUUUGACAACUAUUACUUAUUUAAAGAUUUCAUUUAAUAAUGAAUUGUUGAACAAUUUUGUUAAACUUCUUAAUCGUAUGCCUAAUGUUCAAAAAUUGAUUCUUGAUGUACGGUUAUCAUGUGAAAUGGAAGUAUCAUCAGAUCAACAAACUAAUACGGCUGACUUGGUAUGCAAUAAUAAUGUGCGAAAUGUAAUAAUAACUAAUGAACUUGCAUCGACCGCUGGUCAACUGAUCAAUAAGCUUUUUCCUCGAAUGGAACGUCUUCGAAUUCAGAACAGAGGGGAUGCUCUCAUAUCAUUUGUACGAACUUUGUUAUCAAACAGAAUUAAAAACAGUCAUCUUUUCUCACUGGUUUUCACUGAUUAUCAUGCGAUGAUCAAAAAAUUGAAGACAAUGAUCGAUAAUGAAAAAUUACUUGAUAAUUAUGAUAUCAAACGUCGACAGGAUGAAUCGUGCUUAUGGUGGUAA